GACUGACUAUACAGGUAAAAGCACGAUCCGUGGGUAAAAGUGUUGUAGGUGUUCUGGUGCAAAGUUAGGUUAGGAACGAUAAAAAUAAUGGAGAAGUUAGUGGAACAACAACUUUUGCUUCCUGUUUCUUCCGAUGAAUGUGGUGAAAGCGGAUCGGGCGAGGGUGAAGCGGACAGCGAGGAGGACGUGAUCACCGACUACCCGGUGGGCGGAGGCGGCGAGCCAGCGCCGCCCGUCGGACCGAUAGGGGGGGCGGCGGCCCGAGGCGGCGCUGCGCCCUCGGCCACUGCGACGACGACCGCGGCGGCCGCAGCCGCUGACAUGCUGCCGCGACCGGGCGGUGGGGGCGGCGGACCGGCGCCGCUGCCCACCAUCAGCGUGACGCCCCACUCGCCCGCCAACAAGACCUAUCCGGUGCUCGAGGACAGCCUGCAGCAGGUGAGGGAUCUGCACGAGACCGUGCAGCACAUGAGGAACGUCACCGUGCACAAUUUGAACUUUUUUGUGGAUUACAAUUUCUAUGCAUAUGCACCAAACUCGAGGGAUUUUGCGGCGUUCGCCCUCAACCCGUUGCUGGCACAGGUCGCACGGCUCAGCGCAAGCUGUCCAGUCCUUAACGAGGCACCCCUGGACAGCGAGAUACUCGGCGGCUCGUUGGGGUCCUCGCCCCUUCAUCAGCCGCCAAGCAGAAAAGGCAGCGGUGCCCAAGAUUGGUUGUGCCAGCCGGAAACCCAAAGGAGGAGGUCCUGGACCGCAUUGGAGGACCUGACCGGCAACAAGGACAAAGUGAUGAAGCACACACGUCAAAGGAGGACGUUUUGCAGUAUAUCGCUGAGCAGCAUGGAAUCCGAAGCUGACGAGUCCUCGCUCAUAGACAACGUGGACGGCAGCACCGUCAGGCUGUUGGGACCCGAUGCUCCCAUCGUGGUACGACAUCGUGGCACCCGGGGCUCAGGCGGAGGGGCCAGCACCCAUUCACUCAACGAGGCCGACCUCCAGAAUGACUUCAACAAAAUUAAGGCGAAACGUGAGGCCGAACAACUCAGGUUGCUUCCACAGAGGCUUCCGUUACAGAAGUCGAUUUCGACGCCUUCGAUCAUCGCAGUCAGAGAUUUGGCACCGGAGCCUGUGGGGGCUCAACCGACGGUACCUAUCUUGGUGUGUAGGGGCCGACCCAGUGGAACGGAAAGCGAAACCGAAGAGGAGGGUAGCCGUUCCGGCCACACGGACCAUUCCAUCGCGCACCUGCACCACGACAUUCGUCACUCUGAAAAGCGACGGAAGCGAGGAAGCCUUUUCUUCAGAAAAAAGAAGGAUAAAAACAAGAAAAUCUCUCAUCAGUGGGUGUCGGCCAGUUAUGGUUCCACACAAAUUUGUGAUGUUUGUAACAAACAUCUAAGCAAUAAGCCUGCCCUUUAUUGUGAAUCUUGUGGCACGACUGUACAUCAAAACACGUGUAAAGACAAUAUAUUAGAAUGUAUCAAGCACAAAAGUUCAAAGAAUGCUGCAAAAAUGUCUGGAUUCGCUGCACCCCUUACGAACGCCAAAAACAUGUCCAAACGAGGUUCAGGAUCGUUGGGCUCGCAAACAACGUCUAACAGCCAAAUACUAUGUGAUGACAAAGAUACAGACUCCCACCACGGACACCACGAUGCCACAAACUUUUCGGAUGACGUGCCUCUUGUCCCGUUGGAGUUUUUGUCGGAUUCACCUCUGACAGCCACCGAGCUCUGUUCAGACUUUAGUUUAGGGUUGCACGAGACAGAGCCGGACUCCUGGACGCCCCACGUGGGCAAAGAGAUUGCCCGCAAAUUGAAAGAAAAGGAAGUCAAGAGGCAGGAGCACAUAUACGAGUUCAUACUCACCGAAAAGCAUCAUUGUAUGACGUUGCUGGUGAUGCAAAAGGUUUUCGUUGAUGGACUACAAAAGUACUUUCAACUGGGUCCGAGUUUGGAAAGGAUGUUUCCAAGGCUGAUGGAUCUAACCGAAUUGCAUUUGGGUUUGUUGUCCAAAUUGAGGCAAAGGCAGAGGGAAAAGCCGGUCGUCACGUCUAUUGCGGACAUCCUGUUGGAGGCGUUUUCCAACACCCAUGCGGCUAAAUUAAAAUCCGCCUAUGGUGAAUUCUGCAGUCGACACAGGGACGCCGUGGAAACUUAUAAGUACUACCUUCAAAACGACGCCAGAUUUGGUGAGUUCGUCCGUCACUGUCAGACGAAUCCGUUGCUUAAAAAGAAGGGUAUACCCGAGUGCAUCUUAUUCGUAACUCAACGUCUGACCAAGUAUCCACUGCUGAUCGAACCGCUCAUCAAGACCAGCAAGGAGAACCGCCAGGAACAAGAGGCUUUACAAAAGGCGCUGACCUUGGUGAAAGAGAUACUUGUCGAGGUGGACGCUCAGGUGGCUGAAAAGGAGAAGGAAGACAGAAAGUUGGAAAUCUACAAUAAGAUCGAUGCCAAAUCGUAUACCGUGCAUCGCGGUCACAAAUUCAAGAAGUCGGACAUCCUGCAAGGCAACCGGUCCCUUAGAUUCGAAGGCGUGGCGAUGUUGAUGCAGGGCAGGGGCAAAAUGCAGGUGGUGCUCGUUAUCGUUCUGUCGGACGUGUUAUUUUUUCUACAGGAAAAUUCUCAGAAGUACUCGUUUUUCACUCCAGACAAUAAGGCUGGCGUAGUAUCACUGCAGAAACUUUUAGUGAGAGAAAAAGCAGGACAGGAUUCCAGGGGAAUCUACUUAAUUUCUUCAAAUCCCGCCGAUCCUGAAAUGUUUGAACUGAAGGUGCAUAAACCAAAGGAUAAGCAAGUUUGGAUACAAGCAAUAAGAGAAGCUGUUCAGUCAUGUCCUGAAGAUGAUGAGGACAGCAUAGCGUUAAGCUCCGAGGAACGACAGACUAUCAUAAAUGCCAAACAGAAUCAAGUACGACAUCUCGUAGAUGCAGAUAUGGACAUUGAAGGUUUACUAAGGCAAAAGGAUGUCGAACAGGCAUUGCUGUUGGAGGAGAAGAUGUCGUUGCAGUUGCGUUUAUUGGCGGCUGCGGGCUUGGAUCAUCCCCCAUCACCGCCCUCCUAUCGGCAUUUAGUCAGCGAAAACGCCGACACAGGACAAAUGUGGAAGGAGGUACUCACCGCUGUACAAGAGGUUAGUCAGCUGGCUAGUUCUCUCUACACGACGGGUACAAAUCUGUCGCGGAGCGUCAGUUCCGCAGGAGAGCACCAGAGUGACGCUUACGUGUCUCCGAUCCUGCCGAAACGGGCGGAAACAUUCGGCGGCUUCGACAACUGCAAUCAGGGCCCUCUGAAAUUGCUAGGCAAAAAACUACAAUCAUCCGGUACACCAACUGGAACGCCAGACUUGGACAACAUCAAGCCUGGGGAUUCGAGACUAUUUGAACGGCUGCCUUAUAGGAACUGUGUGAUAAGUGGAGGGCCUUUAACCAAUGGCAAUACCAUAAACAACACUGAUGUGUCACAGCAACACUUAAAUUUGGCAGCUGACGGUGCGUCGGGUGCUGCUUUGCUGACUUUGGGCCGAGAGCAACAAUAUGCCGCCAUACAGUUAUCUCAUUAUGUGUACACACUUCUGUGUAUUAUAUCACAACUGAUGACGACAAACGAAAAUUUACAAGCGCAAAUAGUGACGUUGAGGGGAGGGGCAGAUUCGAAGCAGUACAGACAUAAUCAGCAAUUGGAGGAAUUGAGAAACUUGCAGGACAAGCUCAGCGGUGAGAAGGCCGCAUGGGCUGCUACCAGAGAACAGGAGGCUAAAGAUCUCGAGGAGAAAAGGGCUGAAAUACACAGACUUGAGGAACAACUGAGGGCGGAACAAAAAGACAUCACCCAACAACGUGAACAAUUGUAUAGGAAAAUGGAGGUAUUGACCAGUCAGGGACUACUGAUCUCUCCUAACACCGCCAUUCCUGUUACUGGUCAGUUGGAGGAUAGUAGCAAGGACAGUUCUGAGGAAAGUAGUCCACAAUCGGACACUUCAUCGGCCGCCUCCGCCGUCAGCGCCAGCUCGUUGUCACAUUCGAUGUCGACAGCAGAAAGGCGGAAAGACCCCAAAUGGGCAAAAGGCAGCAUGUCCAAGUUACCAUUAAAUCUGAUCAGCACCACAAAUCAGCAGAAGGUGACGCAACCUGUCAAGCAGCAGAUACCGUUGAAGCUGGCAUCACGACUAAGCUCAGGCGCGAUGAGCACCACUAACGUUGUUUCUUCUGCCGUAGCAGGCGGCGGCGGCACUCAGCAAAUGCUCCCCCUGAAAUUGAGCCAGGACGAGAAGGUUCGCAGGACGAGCACCAGUGGCUAUCAACGGCUCGGGUCGGACAGUUUCAGUCCACCAUCUGGGGAUACCACACCCACCAUGUCGCACUCGCACAGUCGCACCGGCUCCAGUCCGGCGAUGAUGCAGGCGUCGCCGCCAAACUCGGCGCCCCCGACCACGAUGACGGGGGCCGCCCAGUGCAGAAGCCCGCCGGGCGCCAAGGCCACCCGCACACACACUUACCCCAAGCUGCCGGACAAGUUCAAGGUGCGGGGUGCGGAGCAACAGCCUCCGGCUGACGAGGAAGUAAUAUACUUCUGACGCAAGACCCUGGGCUGCUUUAUACGUUCGAUGAUCCACUCCAAAGUCUAAUGAUGCGUAUUUAGGGAUCUGUUCUAGUUUUCCGUUUGCGUUUUCAAGGGGGUUAUUUUUGCAGGAUGUUUCGUUUCGAUGUGAAGCGAGAUAUUGCUCAUUUUUGGGGUUGGGGACUUGUGUAAUUGUACGCUUUGUUUUAAAUUAUAUUGUGAUGGGCGAUAUUCAGACUUAAUUGUUCAACGCGAUUAUUUAUUGUUUUCUUUAUAUUCGAAUACUCAUAUUUUACAGAUGAAUAUGCCAACGAAUUAUUUAAAAUAUUUAUUACCCAACCCUUAAAAGUUGAAUCAUAAAAACUAUAAUAUAUAAUGGGUUUGUACUAUACAAAUUUACACUAAGGACAAAAAUGUAUUGUUUUUAUAUUUAUUAUGUCUGUUAUAGCUUCUUAAACUCUCUGGCUUAAUUUUGAACAAUGGAAUUAAUAUAUAUUACUAUCCGAGAAGUAACAGUCCGCAAAUGUGAAAUGUAUAAAGUUUCUAACCUGUGAUUGUUCUAUUUUAUCACAUUCUGUGAAUACAAUUAUUAGAGGAUACCUGUGUUUUAAAAAUAAGCAACUGUGUGCGAAUUAUUCUGAAGAAAACAAUUUUUUUCUUUCGUCUUCCUAUAUUAUAUACAUACUUAUAUAUAAAUAAAUAAAUCAGUAUUCUUACAUAAUGUACUCAAAUCUUGUGACAAUACAAUAUAGUUAGAUAUUAUUUCGUCAUUUUAGAAAAAAUCAAGUAGCUCUAUACAAUUCGUUUAAAUCAUUUUUGUAUAUAAUUAAAUAUAAUAAAUAUAGUUGUAUAUGUUCAUACAAAGUAAUUCAUUUGUUAAUGGCGUUGUCUCCCCAAUAAUUCUUAAAAGACACUGAAAUACUACUUAUAAGUAUAUUUAAUGGAAAGAUAAUAAUUAAUAAACCACAAAGCUAUGAGAAUAUAAAAUAUUCUUUUUACAGUGAAUACUUUGUAUGAGCAUAUUUAUAAAGGUUAAUCCAAAAAUAUACACUGUUGUUAUUAAUUGUUAAUAGUUGUUUAUAGAAGUGUUCCUGACAAAAUAUACAUAGCUAUACAGAGUUGAAUACUACCUAUGAUAAUAAUACAUUGGCUAAUUGUUGAGAUGGUGAUAAAAUGUGGCAGAAAAUGUUAAACGUAAGUUCAAUUUUAAAUUCUGAUUCAAAACUGUAGAAAUUUUAUUGGAUUUUAGGCGAUUGUUGCUUUAGUCUCUCUGUAUAAUUGUGAUUUUGUUGGGAAUGUAAGAAUGGCCUACUAUUUUUGUCUCUUCAGGAUUUAUAAGUAGUUCAAAUGAAAUAUUUUUAUAAGAUCUAUUUGUCUAACUUUCAAACCAAAAUUUAUUGUAAUCUUUCAUAGGUGUAGUUUUUAAAGAGCAAAAUUAGGAGUCUGAUUUGUACAAUAUCGAAUAUGUACAUUUUUUGGAACUAUUUAUAAAAAAUAUACUAUAAUUCAAGAACGUAAAAUGAAAUUGAGUUCUUACGAUCAACAAUACAUGACUUUGGCUAUAAAAAUAUUAAUAAAGUGGGUGACAUUUAAAAAA